UGUUUGAUUGUAUGAUUUAAACAGUUUUAACGUAAUUUCGGCCUUAUAAAUUAUCGUUCUGCUAAGUCAUUCUGUGUAAAGUGUUUAAAUAUGAAUUAAUAAAAACAUAUUCUAAAUCUUGCCUUUCUGCUGAUUAUAGGAGAUGGAGGCCUCGGCGGAAACCAAGAAGCCCCGGAAGUUCUCCCGGAAGCAGCUUCGCGCCACCCAGGGCCUCCUGACGAUGCAGGCGCGAACGAAUAUCUACGCGAGCCAGCGGGGCAUGACCGGCUUCGGGGCCGUCCGUCACGUGUCUGACAUCCGGGUGGACAACGCGUGCCCGGAAGGGCAGGGGGAGCUUACCCAGAUCGCAAAGACGCACGUGUUCGCCAGCCAGAAGGGUAUGACGGGAUUCGGCGCCGUCCGUCACGGACCGGACAUACGGGCAGACGGAGCCACUUUGGAGGGUCUCUCCACGCUCUCCUUGCAGACAGGAACGAACCUGUUCGCGUCCCAAAAGGGCAUGACGUCAUUUGGGGCGGUGCGUCACGUCUCGGACAUCCGGGUAGUCGAGUUGUACGAGGAGGGAAAUGAGGAAGAGUAUCCGACGGAUGAGGAUGAGCCGGUGUUGUCGAAGCCGGCGUGGAAGGUCCCGCUGCCAGUACCGUAUACGGAGAUUAAGCACGAGACUAGAACGGAAGUACAUGAACCGAAACCAGAGCAAAAACUGGAUGUUGACAAGUACGCCGAACCGGAAAUCGAGAUUGCAGAGGAACCGAAAGAGGAUUCUUUUACUGAACAGGACGAAGUAGAGGAAGAAGAGACGGAAGUGACAAAAGAAGCCAUUCCGGAACCGGAGGCGCAAAUUUAUAACGAAGAAGAUGUAACCGACCAUGGUAUUCUGGGAGAAAUACGCUUUAAUGCGCAUGCGCUGGAGAUGGAGUCUGGAGGCAAACCAAAGAAGCGCUUCAGCAAGAAGCAGCUGCGGGCGAGCCAAGGGUUGUUAACGCAGCAGGCGCGCACCAACAUCUACGCGAAUCAGACCGCAAUGACACCGUUUGGAGCGGUGCGUCACGGAGCCGACAUCCGGGUGCGGGAGCUCUACGAGGGCGACUCCGACGAUUUCCUUACGGACGAGGAAGACGUGAUGUCUGACUCAGCCGCACAAAAACCGAAGAAGAGAUGGAGCAAAAAACAGCUGCGCGCUAGCCAGGGACUCCUGACCCAGCAAGCCAAGACCAAUAUCUAUGCCUCCCAGAAGGGCAUGACCGGAUAUGGCGCCGUCCGCCACGGGGCGGAUAUCCGGGCGGACGAUCAGGUCAAGGAAGGAGAGACCAUGCUGACUCAGCAGGCGGCAACAAAUAUCUACGAUUCUCAGAAAGGGAUGCGCUGCUAUGGGGCGGUGCGCCACGGACCGGAUAUCCGGGUGCGUGAGCUCUACGAGGAGGGCGAUGACGAUGAGUAUCCGGAUGAGGCAUGAGCGUGGAAUAUCGGAAGUACCGCGCGUACAUCUCGUCUGGUGAAGUCUUGAGCGUUGUAAUGCUGCUUUAACUUUGUUCAGUUGUCGCGACAGUUCGUAUUAGAAGUUGAAUGUGUGUUAUAAGUGACGCUUGAACAAAGUGUACACAAUAAAUCUUGAAUUAAUAUUUAAAAUUUAAUUAUAUGAAUGGAAAAUCAAAAGUGAUUUGACAAAUGUAAGCAGAUAUUUAUUUGCGUCACUACUCACAUUACCCAUACCAUCAGGAAUAAAUGCUUGUUUAAGUUCAUGCAUUGCCGCAAAAAUCUGUAAACAAUUGAUUAUGAGGUAAACGUGUACGAUACCUAGUACAUUUCAAAGAAUUAUGUUAAUGUCUUGAUCUGCAAUAAAGAUGUUUUAUGUUGGCUUAA